UGGAGAUUCAUAAACCCGACUCGUUUUCCAGAAACGAUAUUGCAAGCUUUUAUCAUAAAACAAAUGAAAAAGUUACAUUUUGUUGAAGUUUGAUCCACGAAAUGGGCAACACUGCCAGUAGUGACAGCGAAGAUGAAGUACGUGUUGACAACAAAGAGGUUGAUGAUGGCUAUUCUGACAGUGAAGCAGAAACGGGGGACAAAGAUGGACCUUCCCUGACAGAUCUCCAUGCUCUCUUCAAUGAGCCAGGGCUACUGCGAUCAGUCGCCUCCAAGAUAAAAGACCCCAUCCCUGACAAUGUGAUCCACCAGUACCACGGCCACAUCAUCCGGUGGCUGAGAGAGAGGCAGGACAGGAUGGAGGAGAAUGUCACGUUAAGCCAGUUUUGUGACAUGCUGAUGGCAAAGGGAGUGUCCAGAAAUGAGGUUGUGAAGGCGUUCCAGCAGUUUGACACAGAUGGCAGUGGUGUCGCAGAGGUGUCAACCAUGAUGGAUGCCCUGUCCACCUUCUCGUCCGGCAACGUGAUGGGAGAGUUAGGGAAGAACAUCCGCAUGCUCCAAGCCUGCUCCCUCACUGCAGGGUUUGUGGAUGUAUAUGCUGGAGACAAGAACCCGAUGAGCCGGCAUGGAGAGAAGAUCCUCAAGUACUUGCUGCGGAACCGUGCAGAAACAUCCUCCCUUCCGUUCCCUCAUCUUAACGGCUUUAACAACACCAGCAACAUGCGCAUGUCAGUUCUCAAGUCUACCUUCACGUCUCUGAAGGAUGCUGCCAAGAUGGAGAAUGAGGAGCAGGAGCUUGCAGAAGGAGAGGAGCUGAAACCCAUCACCAAGUGCUUCAGUGCCAUGGAGGUCUCCACAAACUCCUCUGAUGCCUACAGAUUAACUAAUGGUGACCCAUAUAGCUUCUGGCAGUCAGACGGAGCUGCUCGGACCCACUGGAUCAGGCUACGGAUGAGGAACAAUGUGGUGAUCAAACAGCUGUCGGUGUCGGUGGCAUCAUCCGAUCAGAGUUACAUGCCGGAGCUGGUGAUGGUGUCGGCAGGCAGGAGUCCCAGAGCUCUGCGGGAGCUCAAGGAGGUCCGCAUUGCUAGUCAUUUUACUGGAGAUGUUGUGCUUUUGAAAAAUGCCAAGGUCUUCUACCCUAUCAUUCAGAUUAACAUCAAACGGUGCCACAGUGAUGGCUGUGAUACUAGGAUACAUGGCAUCAAGACAGUUGGAUACAGAGUUGUCCGAGAGCCCGGUGUGACAGUGAUGGAUGCGACGGCGAUGUGGUACCUGCAGAUCCUGGCGUCCACAGUGUCUGCCACUGUUCCUCAGUCUCCACAGCUCAGACUGCUGGUCCUGCAACAUACCAAGAAGGCCCUGGAACACAUGCCGCCGCUGUCCCUCAGCCUGGCCAGCACUGACCGUCCCCAGUUCCUCAGCAAGCAUGUGAUGCAGGAGAUGGAGACAUUCAUCACGGAGCUGGCAAGUAAAGGAGAUGAGAUCAUCCCCGAGGGAUUACACCUACUGCUGGGGCUCAACUUGGCCAGGGGCAACGUGGCGGGCCUGCUGAAAACCCUCAAACACUUUUAUAGAAAUCCUGAGUUAACCCUGCCGUGUUCAGGUCUGCUGCUGAAGAUGAUAGAUGCCAGGAACUCCUGCUGGGAGAGAUUAGAGAGCCCCCUGCAGUUCAGCGUUUGUGGAUGUGACGGGGGUCAGAGUGAUGAGACAUCAAGUGCCGAGAAUGUCACCCUGAAGCCAUCGGGCAAUGCGCCACAACCCUACCUGUCCGAAGAAGGCAAGACAAAGGUGAACAUGUUCUUUAAGGCCCAAGAGAACAUUCAGCUCACCAAGCUCAGAAUAAAGAUAACCCCUGGCGGUCGUGGACCACGGAGAGGACUGGUGUUUGUGUUCAGAGAGAGCAAGGAGUUUAAGCUGGAGGAACAGAUUGAGAGGUUCAACUUGUAUGAUACAUGGCAUGAACUCGAGUACAACUUUAGUGUACAAGUCAGAAAUGUUGGUAUUGGAGGAAAGCCUGACAACCCUGUAUCCUUCUUCAUGUUUGAUGAUGACUGUGAUGAAAUGGACGUCCCUGUCAGCUGGUACCCUACAGGCCAGUACGUCUUGAUCAAGUUCCUGGAGCCCCGACAGGAGAGUGCAGGCAAAAUAGGCGUCAUCUCUAUCAAGUUUUAUGGAUUUGUCAGGAAGUCUCCAUUCACAGAGGAAGAAGUUGAGAUUGUCCAUCCACCCAACCCUGAGAAGCGCCCCGAGACCCAGAGUCCCGAGAUCUCCAAGUGGGUCCUCACGUUCCUCGUGGACCUCGCCCAGGAUCAGGUUCGGAAGAGGGGGAGAUCUGCAAAACCCGAGUGUCUGGAUUUCUAUGAUGUUCAGCUACAGAAUCUCUGGAAUCUCUACAAGAACUUCAUAUCAAGCAAGGAUGAGAGAUGGCGGGAGUGCAGCCUGUUGCUGCUGCAGCUGCUCCACAGUCUCACGCCCACGCUCUCACCACUCAAGGAUGAGGAUAAGGCCACUGCUGAAGAAAUGUUCCAACACCUUUGCAAAAUGAUUGACACCCCAAACACUGACCCCAAGAGCAAGCCAUACAGGCUGGCACAAGAGCUCAUUGUUGAUGGUGCAUCCCUGUUCUUCCCUGACAAAGAAACAAAACGACAACGCCUCUUCAACAUGAUGAACAACGUAGAUAAUCUGGCCACAGCACCCUCUGUGUCCCUCGUGUUCCAGUCUCUGUGUCAGUUCUUCAGCUCCGUGGACCCGAGAGGACUGCUGGACCUCCCGACAGCAUCAUCAGAGAAGUUUGAUGCCAGUCACGUGAUAGAAGUGAUGCAGACACUGAUUGUAGUAGCAGGGCAGGAGUUCGAGGCUUCUCUCGACUCGGCGGAACAGAACGAGAAGCUGACGUACCUGAUCCGCCUGACCGGCUCCCUGCAAACGUCCCUCCUGACCUGGUGCUGGCAGCAGAUGAUGGACGGGGACGACGCCAUGAAGCUCACCGCCGUGCAGACCGCCCUCAAGUAUUCUAUCCAUGUUUCCAACAAAGGUGUGGAAGCACUCAAGUUGUUCAAAAGACAACCUAAGGAAAAGAUUGAGCAACUAGUCAAAGCUCUCCAGCCAGCUUUUCUCUCAUCUGUGAUACGACAGUUGGUGCUGAUAUUGACUUACCUGUGUGAUCAGUUUGACUGCCAAUCCCGAGUAUCUCUGUUGCACAACUUUCAACUGCUGUCCCAGGAGCUUGUGUCCAUGGCUUCCACGUUCCCUGAUCUCUUCCCCAAGAUCACCAGUGAGAACUGGGGCGACAUGAAGGCUGACGACAUCGUGCUGCGGACGUGGAGCAUGGAGUCUCCUCACAACUACGACAACAACUCCUACAUCACACAGGUGUUCUCCUGUCCCGGAGCUACCAAGUUGAUUGUGGACUUUGAUCCUAGAUGUGAGACUGAGAGAAGGUAUGAUUACUUGGAGUUCACGGAUGCAAAGGGCCUGAAGAUGAAGUUUGAUCAGAAGGUUGGCACACCAAAAUGGCAGAAGCAGGUUGUGUUCAGUGGCCCACAUCUCCACUUCCUGUUCCGGUCAGACAGCAGCAACACAGAGUGGGGGUACAAGUUUCUGGUGACCGCUAAGGGGACUCCCGACAUCCCCCUUUCCUGGCCCUACGAUCUACAGCUGGGUCUGGCCAAGUUGUUCGGCAGACUGUGUGGUGCUACUCUCAGCUCCAAUCCAAUCCUCCCCAAGGACAGUAUUGCUGCUGUGGAGGAGAGUGCAGAGCAGGAUGUCCUCCAGAGCGAGCUUUGGACGUCCUUAUUCCGUGGAGGCUACAUGGUUGGCAAACUACAGAGGUCUCUCUCUGGGCGGGUGGCUACAGAUGAGGCUACCACUGUGCUUGCAUUUCUAUGGAACAUGAUAAAUGGCCAAGCAGAAUUAGCAAAAGCAUUUCUUCAAAAAUGUCGUGAUCUCAAGGUGCGUGUGUCGACGGUGGGUGGGGAGGAGGUGGAUUCUGCUGUCACAGCCAUCUUCGCUGCCCUGCUGUGGCACACCCAGCAACUCAGGGAGGAAGUCGACAGAUAUUGUCAAUCGAAAGGCAGCAUACAUGAUGGUAUUGGCCAGGCCUAUGCAGCUGCCGAAUCUCUGAGAAUGAUGCUGGCAAGCCAAAGACAAAGUGCUUCGGCCAAGAAAAGUAAUUUACCCGAAGAUGAAAACCCAGUGCAUAUAUGUAAAGAAAAGGCUCUGUAUCUGCUGAGAUUUGCUGGUUUAACCAAAGUCCAACUCAGGCAAGACAUGAGAAGUAAAGCCAACAAGCACCUGCUGAGAAAACUAGGCAAUAAAAAGUCAGAUAAAAACCUGCUGAAGCCUGACCUGUCUGACAAGUACCCAUCUUUCCGCCUUGUGAUGGAGUUUGUGCAGGACCCAGCGUGGACAACGGACAGGGUGCACCAGAUGCUGCAGGAGCGGUCACAGUACGCCACGGCUGUCAGUGACGUGCACAUGUUCUCUGCGGAGUUCGUAAGGAUCAUGUCUGGCAAUGAUCCCUUCCAGAUACCUAUAGUGCUGUUCCUGCAGGAGUUGUUCAGUUACCAGGACAAGUUCGCCAAGCACUAUGCAGACGGCCUGGAUGGAUGUGGUCUGGAACAGGAGGCCAAGGUGCGGAGGUCCUACUACACCCUCGUACGCCGCCUCGUGGAAGGCUUUCAGAGGUUUCACCAUCACGAAGUCGACGAGAAAGUUGUUCCGGCCUAUGACUUUGUCCAGGCCUGUCUUCUUCAUCUGCUGGACACACAGUGGCAGCCUUACGACCUGUCAUUUGUGGCAGACAUCAAGCUUCCAGAACUAUUCAUCAGUAUUGCUAAAGAGACAGUGAAGAUGCGGGACCGGCUGAUCGGGAAGCAGGAGGAAGAGGAGGAGCUCCGGGAGUACGACCAGUACAUGCACUGGUUCGAGGAGAGCAGUCGGGGAUUCUCCAACUGGUACAGGCGCAAAGAGGAUGCUUCAAAGGAGGAGAAGAAAGCUAUCCAGAUGUUUGUGGCCCGAUUCUGUGAUCUGUUGGACGUGGAGAUCUCCUGUGAUGGGUGUGGCGCCACUCUCCCUGGCAGGAGGUACCGCUGCCUGCAGUGUGUGGACAUGGACCUCUGCACCACCUGCUACUCAGGAGGUGUGAAGCCCCAUGGAGAACACAAGGACGAGCACGAUAUUGUCCAUCUAGUAUACAAGUGUAACAAGUGCCAAGCAUUUAUUGUGGGGACCAGGGUGCACUGCAAUGCAUGUGAUGACUUCGACCUGUGCCUCGGCUGCCACAAGAAGGCCAAGUUUCCCUCAGGACAUCUGGAAACCCAUGAUAUUACCAUGAUACCUCUGGUUAAAUUGAAAACCUCCCAAGCCACAGACUCCCUCAUCCAGGCCUACAUCCACCAGCAUGUGUGGCUGCUUUUCUCCGCGCUGACGAUGGGACUGGGGGAUGUCAUCUACAACAGCAGCAGUCAAGCUGUGGACCCCGACUAUGUGAAGCUGGCAGCCCAGCAACAGAACCAGUGCAUCACACUCAUCACAUCCUGCCUGGAAAAGGUGCCGGAUGAUGCGGAUGAUGGCAGUAAGAGGCUGCUACAGGAAGAACCAAGGCCUCUGGAGAGUCGCCAGGAGGAAGCAUUUGCCAUCCACUCACAGGAGAGGAUAAUGGGAUUGUUGGGAGCCAUGAUUCCAUCAGAAAACAAAGAGUCCCUGACUGGGGAGACGUAUAACUUCACCACAGGCAGUUUCCUGGACAUGCUCUUCAAGAUUGCCAAGGGUGAGAGCGGCCAUGAGCUGAACACACAACACCUGGCCAUGGGGCUACUUGGGAGGUUGCUGGCAAAAAGUUCUACCAAGGUUGCUGAUGAAUCGGUGAGGAAGGUGUUGACGGCCGGAGUGAAGGAGAGUUCCACAGAAGGGGAGACAACUGUCAAUCACCUGUUUAGAUUUGGAGCCUAUUGUCUUGAGAGGAGUGGACUGGAGUGGGCCUGCUCCAUGGCUCGGAUCCUGGGGACACUGUCCAACUCGGACCAGUGGAAGUCUGUUGUCCACCAUCACAUCUCAUCCUGUGUCCAGAGUCUCCGACAGAAGCCAGAACUAUCCUCCAUCUUCGCCAUGUUCGUGAUGGCUGGCUUUCCUGAGGUGUUGACCAUGGGGACGCUGGUCCACUACACACACACCACACUGGAAGCCAAGAAUGGAGUGGUCAUCAAACACUUCCCUGACAAGUAUCGCACUCUGGUUGUUGACCUGAAGACAAGGAAACGGCAUAUAGUCAAGGAUCAGUAUGUGAUGUGUGUGAGCGAGACGGCCGAGGCCUGGGACACGGAGCACAUGUCGGAGUUCACUGGAAUCAUCAUGGACACCGUCACCAAACUCAGGGCAGGUGAAGAGAACAGUGUGGAGAACAUGUGGGUGCUGUCCUUGGCACUGAAGGUGCUCAACAACAGUCUGAAGGCCGGGGAGAAAUGCCUGACUCACAACUUCUUCAAGCCUGAGUUCAUCCAGUCCCUGGUGUUUGUAGCCAGCAAGGGCACCGGCUUCAGCCAGCAGUGGCUGCUCAAGGAUCUGGAGGUCCUGUCACUCAUGCUCUACACCCAUGACGGGUCAGCAAAUCCUGUAAAGAAAACGAAACUACCCGGGUGCAAGGACGAUCCCAGCAGGAAGAAAGACCCAGUGAAAGAUGACAACUCCAGUAAAUGCAGUGACGACGAGAACCGCAAUGAAGACGAUGACCUUGACGAGGAGCUGAACUUGUCUUCCUCCUCUUCCUCCUCCUCGUCUUCCUCUGACUCAGACACAUCCUGGGAGGGAAACGACAAGGAGGUGUUUGGCGUCAUGGACGAAAAGACCAAGUCAUUGUUUGAGGCUCUGCACCAUGAGUUGAAAGUGCCUUUGUCCGUGCUGCGGGUGAUGUUUGAUAUGAAUGACGGGAACCUGGAGGCGGUAAUGAAAGCCAUUGUAGAGAAUUUUGAGGGGUCGGAAGAGGUAAAGGCUUUCAUGGAAAAAUGGGAAGGAAAUGCGGACGUGAAGGCAUCGGUGAAAGCCCUGCACCUCAGUGUAGGAGCUGAGAGAGUCAUCGACACAGGCAUCCACUUCCACCCAGCACUGAAAGGCACACCCAGGACGAUAGACAAGGCAGUGGAAGAGUCCGGCCAGAGCAGUGAGAACUUGAUACAACAGUCAGACUCCCUCCAGGGAGACAUCAGUGAAAAGUCUCGCAGCAAAAGUGCAGAGCUGCUCAAGAAAGAACUUGAAAAACAUGGACGUGUGGGAUCACGGGAAUACUUGGCCAAAGUGAACAUGGCUAUGGGUAUAUUGUAUGCCCGACACUUGCUGACUGGACUGCUUGCCUAUUGGCCAGAAUAUGGUCAUGUGAUCAAUGCUUCACUUCUGGGAUGUAAGGAGGUGCAACAGAUUCCGUGUGUGCUGGAUCUGUUGUACAAGACAGACAAUCGCAACUGUUUCAAGAAAGUGGUACAGAAGGUGAUACAACACUGUGAUAAGUCCAGCUUGGUGCCCAUAGCAUACACAGCAUGUCAGUUCAUGGAAGAGGUGACGUUGUCGGCGGUGGCGAGAGAGUCGGACCACAACUACAAACUGGAGAACAAGGAGGAGAUGAUCCCCCUGCCUGGAGCUUCCUUCCUCACCAUCACAUUCGACAGCAAAUGUGCAACCAAAGAAGACUACAGUGAGCUGACAUUCAGCACCAAUGAGUCAUUGACCAAAGACGUUCAUUCCUUCUCCGGGACAUCCAAGUCCAAGUGGAGCAGCUUCCAAGUGCCAGGUGACACAGUGUACUACAAGUUCACCUGCAGUAGUGACGAUGGUCCUCCGGAACUGUGGGGGUACAAGUUCACCAUCACCGCAGGGACCAGGGACAGCUUCGAGACGGGACACACCAUCCUGGAGUCUGUUCUCUCUUCCGAUGUCGCCUUGUGUCUGCCGCUGUGUGACCUGUGGUCAAGUCUGGUAUACGUGGCCUGCAAGCAGACCGGCACACAGAGACUCAAGGCCAUACAGCUGCUCCUGAAGAUUACACAGACACAGUUCAGGUGUAGACUGGGGACAGACCAGAAGCCCUCUGUUGAUCCAGGGCUUCUCAAGCCACUAUGGUUCCUCUACACCAGUCUCACCAAAGAUGACGCAGAUCCAGGGAAUGUCCUGCCGCCGGUUGUCCGUGCUCUGUCCGAGCUGUUCUUGCAAGUGGAAAACCUUGUCAUGGAGUGGGACAUGCAUGUAGACUACUUGGUGGCAGUGCAGGAUAUUGAGGACAUUCGCAAGGUGGUCGGACAGGGCCUCAUCAACAUUGCUGCCAUUGGCCAUAUGAUCGGGUACAAGAACUCUGCUACGGAGCUGGCACUAGCUGUCAAGAAACGAAGCACAGCAGUUUAAAGUUCUCAAGAAAAAUAACUCUGCCAGCUUUUAGGAUAUGUACAGUAAUGAUAUGUUUCAUGUACAAAUGCGUUCAUUAUGUACAAUAUGUAUUUUAAUUUGUAAUAUAAUUUGUACAUUUCUAAUAGUUGUUUUAUGUUUUGAGCUUUGCACCAAUGUUUUUGUCAACAGUCAACUCUUCUGUGAUUCUUGCCAUAAUUAAAUACUGACUGCCUAAAUAGCAUGAACCAGUUCAAGAGAAUCUUUCUUUCGAAGAGUUAGUUUUUCGUCCUGCAGCUACAGGUCAUCAGGUUGUCCUUUCUUCACUAUACAUUUUCUUUAUAUAUAAAUCCACUGAUGCUUGAGAGGAGGGGGGUGUCGCACUCAUAAUGAGUCGCGAUUUUGGCAAGGGACAGUGGUCGCAUUUCUUUUGGAGACACAUUAAUUUCACGAUUUACAGUAACCAAUUGUCUGCCUGCACUGUUCAUGUUAGCCAGUAACAUGUUGCCUGGACCAGUCACCACUAACAUGUUCUCAUAGAAGGAUAAGGGACAGCUGUAAUUAUGGAGAUAUAUCAGGUGUUCCCACGUUAACCAAUCCAAGACGAAACUGAUCACAAUAUUGAUGGGACAAUUGUUACUUAGGGUGUCUGUCAGUGUUAAGACAAUUUUUCACAUGUAUAGUGCUGUUUGUAGGCAGGAUAACGAUAGGGUUUUGGCUGACCCAAGAAUAUUCUCAAGUAUGGGUGACUAGUUACGAGCUUAGGAUCUCUCAUCAGACUGUUUAUAGGCAGUUAUCCAUUUAUGUUCACAUGAGUCUCUUUGCAUGGAAGUGACUGUUACCCAAUCAUGAAGUAUUGUACUUGAAGAUUAUGUCUGUCUCUUGAUCUCGGCAGUUUAGCAUGUAUUAUUUGAUUGAAGCCAAAUUUGUUGAUGAUGCUAAUUAACUACAUGUGUAAGUAUUUGCUCAGUAGCACCACUUUAAUUCAUCAUAAAUUAAAGCUAUCAUCAGUUUGUGGUGCUUUUGCAGCAAAUGCCUGUUCUGUGUAUUGCAUGUUAAAGUAACACAUCAGAGUAUUUUAUAUGUGUGUAUAAAUCACCAACAUAUCUGCACUAGUGAUAAGUAAUUAAGUUAUAUAUGGAUAAACAGAUGUUUUGUGGUGUCAAUAUUUUUUUUCAGUUAUUGUUUUCUUUAGGAAUGUGGCCUCCAUUUGUUAUAUGUGAAAUGUUAUGUAUAAUUUAUCCUGUCAAUUUCCUAACGGUGAGUCUAUAAAUAUGUUACUGGUUAGGCCGUCAGUGUUUUCCUAAGCAUGUUGUUUCCAUGUGAAUAUUACAAAUUGUCAAAUGAUGUGUUCAUAAUUUACAGUCAUUUUCUCUAUGUAUGUUUAACUAUAUGAUAAAGUGGUAUAUAUUUAGCCUGUUUAGGAUCUCCACGAUAUAUCUUUGCUUUGAAUUAUAUUCUCCUGACAGUCUAAAGUAAUUUAAUUACUCAACAAGUCAGACUUUUGAAAAUAUUUUCAAUAUUAUAUCAAUAAAAUAUUACUUUAAAAAGAAUUAUUUUAAGAUCUGACACAUUAUUUCCUAUUUAUGUGAAAUGUCUUAAUAUAUAUCAACUGUAUAAUGACCUCAAAUAAUGGCACAAGUCACUUAUCACUAUUUGUGACAAGACCUUGGUGAGGACAGAUCAAGCAAUUACCGGUAAUGUCAAGUGACAAAGUUUUGAUGUGUUUGAAAAGCCAAAUAUCAAGAAUAGGUAUGAAAGAAUGAAACCAUACCCUCUGGCCCCACUCUAUGGAACAUAUACUACUCAGUAAAGUUAAGGAUCACUCAAUUCUUUCACAUUACUAUAGUUAAGCUGUCAUGACAUGACAAUGACAAGAAUGACCUGGUCAUUUUUACUUGUUUUGAGUAGUACCGUAUUCAAUGUAAUUAGCGCCCCGCUCUAAUAAACGCCCACGGCGAUAUUUGCUAA